CUCCCUCAAAUGAGAAUAUCUGAAGGAAGGAACUGUACCCACAGCACAACAGCUCACUGACAGGCCUGGCCCCGCUGGAACGAGGAACCAAGCCUGAAGUUGGCUCAGCAACCCAGAAAACAGGCUACCAGGACCCUGCAGUGGGAGGCUGAGCCUCGGGGUACUGAGCAGGCUGGACUGACUGUCCCCCAGUCCCGGGACUGCCCUCCACCCAUCCCAGCCUCAAGGAGACAGCAGAGACCCCAUCCACAGCGGCCAGAGUCAGGUGGCGCAGGCCGAGCCCUCCAGCCAUGGGUGGUGCAGUGGUGGACGAUGGCCCGACGGGAGUCCCGGCCCCUGAUGGUGGCUGGGGCUGGGCUGUGCUCUUUGGCUGCUUUGUCAUCACUGGGUUCUCCUACGCCUUCCCCAAGGCAGUCAGCGUCUUCUUCAAGGAGCUCAUCAGGGAGUUCGGGAUCGGCUACAGCGACACGGCCUGGAUCUCCUCCAUCCUACUGGCCAUGCUUUACGGCACCGGUCCCCUGUGCAGUGUGUGCGUGAACCGCUUCGGCUGCCGGCCAGUGAUGCUUGUGGGUGGCCUUUUCGCAUCCCUGGGCAUGGUGGCCGCAUCCUUCUGCAGCAGCAUCAUUCAGAUCUACCUCACCACGGGGGUCCUUACCGGCCUGGGCCUGGCACUCAAUUUCCAGCCCUCACUCAUCAUGCUGAACCGCUACUUCAGCAAGCGGCGCCCGCUGGCCAAUGGGCUGGCAGCUGCAGGCAGUCCUGUGUUCCUGUGCGCCCUGUCCCCGCUGGGCCAGCUGCUCCAAGACCACUAUGGGUGGCGUGGCGGCUUCCUCAUCCUGGGCGGCCUGCUGCUCAACUGCUGUGUAUGCGCCGCACUCAUGCGGCCCCUGGAGCUGCUUCGGGCGCCGGGCGCCGAGCCGGGGCCCCGCCGGCCAGUGCGGCGGCUGCUGGACUUCAGCGUCUUCCGGGACCGUGGCUUCGUCAUCUACGCGCUGGCUGCCUCCAUCAUGGUGCUGGGGCUUUUCGUGCCACCCGUGUUUGUGGUGAGCUACGCCAAGGACAUGGGCACGCCUGACACACAGGCCGCCUUCCUGCUGACGGUGCUGGGCUUCAUCGACAUCUUUGCGCGGCCCACCGCAGGCCUCAUCACUGGGUUGCGGCAAGUGCGGCCCUACUCUGUCUACCUCUUCAGCUUCGCCAUGUUCUUCAACAGUGUCGCUGACCUGGGGGGCUCCACGGCCACCGACUAUGGUGGCCUGGUGGUCUUCUGCGUCUUCUUUGGCAUCUCCUACGGCAUGGUGGGUGCUCUGCAGUUUGAGGUGCUCAUGGCCAUCGUGGGUACCCAGAAGUUCUCCAGCGCCAUCGGGCUGGUGCUGCUGCUGGAGGCUGUAGCCGUGCUCAUUGGGCCACCCUCUGGGGGCAAGCUCCUGGAUGCCACACACGUCUACCAGUAUGUGUUCAUCCUGGCGGGGGCCGAGGUGCUCUGCUCCUCCCUGGUGCUGCUGCUGGGCAACGUCUUCUGCAGGGGGAAAGGGCCCUCGGAGCCGCAGGCCAGCGAGGCGGCCACGGCCAAGGAGGAGCUCAACCAGCCCCCCGCAGACGGGCCAGUGGACGCCCGGGAAGUGGAGUGUUUCCUGAAGGGAGAGCUCGAGAAAAAUGGGGAGGCCACUCUCAAUCCUGAAACGAGCGUGUGAGGGGGGCUGGGGGAGGAGGGAGGAGGACCAGAGACUCUGGAGUUCUUAUUUAUUUCACACACAGGACUGGCUGGCUGGGCCAGCGGCGUGGCUGCCUGGUCGGCACUGAUCACUGUUUGGCAGGGGGGAGGUGGUGGGUUUGGAAACGCGUCAUUCCACAUCGGAUCUGCGGUGGAGCCAAGCAUGGUUACAACACUGUGUGCAGGGACCCAGCCUGACCACUGGCAGCCCGCCCCGCCCCCACCGAAGGACCCAGGACCCACGCUGCAAAGACAACAUGACUUUAAUUAGAAGCGGGGGCUGGGCACAGCUGGUGAGGGUGGGUGCUGCCAGCAGCCGUGCCCCCGUGUGUCUGGGCCUCCCAGCCUCUGCCCACCUGGUCCGAGGGUGCCGCCUGGGCACCACCCCGCUCAGACUGGGGGCCCAGGGGACAUGGAGCUUCCACUUUGGAGGGCUCGCCACACACCUGGGGCAGGAGAAGAGGGCUCUCAGGACCCACGGAACCUGGUCUGAGUGGAGGGAUGAGAUGCUAACAGAGGUCCAGCUUUGUUCUGCUGAGAAGCUGGUCAUUUUACAGUGUCUCUGUCCUGUGUCAGCCAUCUCAGCUGUGUCUGUGGGGAGCCUCCCAUGUGGCGCCAAGAAGGGGGGCCAGUGCAGCCUGGGGGCUGCAGGGCAGGGGCUCCCGCAAGCCCACACUGGGGGGCCCUGGACUCUGGAGGGGUGGGGACCCGAGUGCUGUGCAGACUGGAGCUGCGACACAGAAGCAGUUUUGUUCAGUGGGGCGUUGCGUGUAUGUGUGUGUGUAAAAACUGGUUCUCCUGCCUUUGUUGCCUUGCCUCUGACUGGCCCCCGACUCCGGGCGAUCCCACUCCUGGCCUGCCCUACCUGACGCUGCCCUGGCCCGUGGUCGUGAGCCCGCCUUGCCCUGGGCGUGCCAUACCCACCUGCCUUGUGGCCAGCAGUGGCCAGCGUGGUGGGAGCCUGGCUGGAGGCCGCUGGGGAGCCUCAGUAGGUGGUGCGUCGUGGGCGCUGUGGACGGCAGCGGGCACCCUGGCGGGCCACAUGCAGCCGGAGGGAUGCCAUCUCCCUGCUUCUCUGCAACGAAAAGUGAGCAACGGCUCAUGUCUCAGACCCAGCUUAGACAGCACAGUCUCUGGAGAAGCCAUCCCUCCCUCAGCCUCGCCCCUCCCUCAGCCUGCCCCCCAUGCUCUGGGCGCACUGGUGCCGCUCACUGCCCCCUUGCAGCCCCCCAACCCUGCAGUCCUGUUUUCUGCCCCCUCACUGGCCAGCUCCCCUCCCCCAUGUGCUUCCCACUCUGGGUCCUCCCGUUCCCUCUGUCAAAACUAAGCUGGAGUCCCACUUCUCAGGUUCCAGAGGACCGACCCCCAUGCUAGCUCACAGGCCCUGUGGGCCUUGACAAGGGCCCCGUGAGCCUACAAGGGGGACAUCCAGAGGAGGCGGGGAGCAGGUGGCGUCACUGCCCACUGGGAGGGGAACAGGAGUGAGAAACAGGUGGACUGUCUGCUCCCAGGGCCUGGAUGACUGCUCAGACCCUCUCUCUGCCUUUGCCCCCCCGCCCAGGGCGUGCAUGCUGGCUGGACCUUGCUGCACUCUGGCCCUCUCAGGGGCAGCCCCUCCCAGUUGGGCAGGGCUGUGGGGAGAAAGGGGGCAGAAGACCCGCCUCUGGUUUAAGGCCUGCUUCUGGAACCUUCUAUGUGCUGGAUCACAACCGACAGUCCCACCCCAGCUCUCCCAUCUGGGCUACCACUCCUGCUCAUGAGGAGGGACACCAAGUAUAUGCCUCCUGUGCUCCACCAAGUAGAGCUCCUGUGGCUCCACCAUUCUCCCAGAUCCUGUCCCCACAGGAUGGGGACAAAAUAUGAAGAAUCUGGAACUGUGAUCCCCAAAGUCAUGCUCUGGGGGCACCGAGAGGCUUCAAAGUUGUCAGGAUGUGGGGACUAUCCCAGGGAGGGCCCCUGCUAUGCUUGGGCCAGGACCUGGACCCACAGUCUGCCCAGGGGCUGCACAAAGCCCCAUGAUGCCCAGGGGCACGAGGGUGUGGGGGCACAGAGCAUGGGGGGCACAGGGUACCCUCCCCCCACAGGAACAAGAGCCCCUGGAACCCAGGCCCCCGUCUGCCCCUUGGCUGGCUCUCCAUGGUGAGAUCAAAGGUCUCAGGCACCACCAGACCACUGCGGCAGCACCCUGUGUCCAGAGGCCUGCCGUCUGCCGAGAUUUCUGGAUCCAAGGCAGCAGGGACGUCUCUUGUCCUUGGACAGCUGGGCCUCGGGCAUAGGUGUGCGAAGUUGCCACCAGCUGAUCCUCAACCCCAAACCCUGCCAGGGACAAGAGACUUUCUUAAGCACCUGCAAGGGCCUGAUCCACGUUGCUGAUGCAGAUGCCCCUCUAAGUAGGUCCGGUCAGCCAAGGGACACCCUAGCCAGGCCCGGUCAGGCUACUGCCCCCACCACAACGUCUGCAGUGUACCAGCUUUGUGUGGAGACGGGGAGGCCAGUGGGCCCCCCCCAGAUACCCUGACAGCCUGCACUGCAGAGAGCACCUCCUUGGAGCAAGACACACUGGCCUUUGGAGAGACCUCAAGGGGUGGGGAGAGACAUGGCAGAGCCAGGGCACCCACAAAGGGCCUAUGCCUGGGGCCUGCAGGGGCCAUGGCCACAGUGUCCUCUAAGGGACCACCCACCUCUGCUCUACAUCCAAACCAUACCAAGGACAGGUGUGGCUGGACUCGGGUCUGGAGAGGACCAGGCCCUCUGCAAACACCCCGUCAUUGCACAACAAGGCAAGGACAGGCUGCUACACGCCUCCUAAGCAAACCUGCCCUCCCAUGCUUGGUCUGCGUGGGGCCGUGCUUGGCAACAGCCAGCAACAUGGCGCAGAAGGCAGCCACUGUGGCGUGGGGGCCUUAUGGGGCAGGGGAGACUGCUAUAAGAAGCCCCCGGGGCUCCAGCAGGGGAGCUGCUGGUAACAGGUUCUCUUGGGGGUGAGGCGGCAGGCAACGUGAUGGGAGAAAGCUCUGGGAAGACCGAGCCCUGUGCGCCCCCUCCUGGCAGGAAAUGAAAGGACAGUGACUGAGAGCUCUGAUGGGAAGAGGGAACAGAAGUAGGAUCCUCGCCCUCCAUGGGGGAGACUCAGGUUCAAUUCCCAUCCAAGGCUCCUCAUGCUCAGCCACCACCCAUCUGUCUUGCCUGUUGCUGUGAUGCUAAACAGGUUUCAGUAGAGCUUCCAGACCAGACAGGCCAGGAAGAAAGGCCUAGACAUCUACUUCUGAAAAUCAGCCUAGGAAAACCCUAUAGGCAUGAUGGUCCAGUCUACCAGCUGAUCAUGGGGACAAUGCAGAAUUGGGCAGCGUUUCGUGCUGUUGUGCACGGGGUCACCACGACUUGGGGCUGACUUGACAGCAACUAACAAGGAUUCUGGAAAGUUAGGAAGGUGCUUGGAACUUUUUUAUUUCAAAUUUCAGAUUGGUGCAAGUCUGAGUAAAGGGCUUCAGUGAGUGGUUGGAGUCUCAUUCUCACCAAGAACGAGGUUCCAAAUGCCGCCUCCUCAGCCUCGGGCAGUGACAAGGUGUGGAGAGAAAAAGGAGAGCCGGCCCCAUCUGACCCCCACGAGAGGCCCUGAGGUCCCAGCUAGAAGCUGGCCAGAUGCCCAAGGCCAGAGUGGUGGCUUGAGGAGAGGUGGGGGAGACAAAUCAUUUGGGAUAGGGUGAGGUAGAUGGGAGGGCAGACAACCCGAAACCCCAACGAACACGACGGACUGCCAUGGGAUUCCCUCACACACAAAAUUGUGCAACUCAAAGGCCUGAGUGCUCCUGGAGAAUUCCAUAGCAAUUACCACAAGGGUUUGGAACAGGAAACCCUUCUGGGGAGCUGCUGUGCUGGACCGCUAGGACCACUUACCCCAAACAAGCGGAUGUCCAGAGGAGAGGCUGGGCUCAGAGACAGAGGCCCUGUUUGCACUGCCCAGCCACACAGGUGGACAUGUGUGCCACGUCCACACGCUUCCCUAGUACCACAGGGCACCCAGUCCAGCAAGACCACCCAACUACACCCUCAUACGUUGAAAACUCCCAGACUACGAAAUGAAGACCGGGAAAGGGACUGGGGAGAAAUGUAGAAGCUGUAUGAAUUUAUUAUUUACACAGCUGUUACAGUACACAAAUACAGUGGUGGUAUAGACGCGCUGCCCAAACUCCGCACGCAGCUGAUACAGACAUCCUACUACAUGUCCUGCAAGAACGGUGGGUUACAGCGUGCGGGGGGCAGAGCUGUUCACCCCGCAGCCUCAAUCAGGAGCCGUGUGCCAUGACAUGGGGAUCGUGGGCACACAGCCCUGCCACCACACCCGAUGCUUCCCGAGUGACAGAUCACUCUGACCAUUCAGAACGAGGAGGCAGCCCGGGUGAGGUCUGCCACGCCUGUGAAGUCCACAAACAGUCAUGGUGGGUGGUCCCAGUGCUCUUGGGCCAGGAAACAUUGGUGAAGGGAUGAAGUGGGCACUCUGGGUCCUAGCUUCCAAGGCGCAAUCAGAAAGACACAGGAGUACCAGGGGCACCUGCCACCUGGCCCAUCCAUGUGGUCGGAGCAAGCCCCUCCUCUGGCAACUGAGCGCUUGACCUGAGGCACUGGGGCUGUUCUGUGUGGCGCAGGAACCCCCGUCACACAGCACAUGCUCCCAUGCCCUGUGUCAAGUUUGGGUUCGUCACCUGCUUCUUGGCACCUCCACGUGACAUUCCCUUCGCGUUGCCACCUCGCUGGGCACACCUGGGCGCACCAGUCCACACCCCUUUGUUCUGAGCUCACAGGUCUUAACACAGUUUAAGUGCCAACCUGCACUGGCCGCACGUACAAUUUGUUCAGAAAAUUCCCCGAAUUGAAUUCAAAGGCAUUUAGGCAACAGACAUCCCCCGAUCACAUACACGGCCCUGACACGACCCGACAGCUCUCAACCAAUAGUCCUCUCCCAGAAAACAAGAAAUGCACCAGACUCUCAGCUGGGCGCCCAAUGUCCUCCACAUCCACGUCCCCAGUGUUCUUGGAGUCUUUGUCCUCCUCUGGGAAGGGCCUGGAAACACCCCAGUGCUCCUGUUCUCUGUAGCAUCCCGCGUCUUCCAACAGGCGAGAAAUCCAGAACUGCCGCGUGAACAACACCUCCAUCCCGAGAGGGGAUAGGCGGGUGAGGAGGCCCAAACCUGGCUAGUGGGGCCAUAAGACACCCACCCAUGACACACACACACACGCCCUGUACACACGUGCACAAGUGACAGAUCUCCGGUGAGAUACCCCUCUCUACAGUGGACCACACAGCACAGCACGACAGGACAGUGGACAGAUGGAUGAACGAA